AUGGCCCACGAUCGUGGUCUCGAAAGCGAUGAACCUCCAAGUCCUUCUCUGAACAGACCAGUCACACCUCAAGAGGUUCGUUCACAUAAACAGCUUCCGUCAUAUCUUGCCCACCCUGACGCGUGCUUCCAGGAACCCAGCAAACCUGAGAUGCCUUCCUUCCUUACCCUGCCAGCCGAGCUAUUGCACAAGAUUCACAAAGAUUCUGGACUACGCCAGGAUGACCGCGCCAAACUCCGCCUCGUCUGCAAAGAGUUCCUACCAUACGCCACUGAAGCGCUCGCCGAACUGUCAAUGAGGAACGGUUUUCUCUGCCUCAACCCUUCCGCCAACGAUUUUGAGCGUCUCGCAGCCCUCUGCUCCUCGCAACUUGGUCCUUACCUCACGUCUGUACAUUUCCUGCACUAUCCCUCAUUCCGAAGCACGAAAAUGGAAGAAGCUGUGUAUCCAAGGUACUCGGCAAUUCAGAACGUCAAAUUCGGGACUCGUCUUUACAGAGACUCGACCUUUGUUCUAAAAAGGUUGCUGCUGUUGACCAACCAUCUCAAAAGAUUCGAGUUCAACCCAGCAGCGGAGCACGAAGACGAUACCUGGUCUGCGCACUCCUACAAUUUCCUUGAGCCCGAGCCCGCUCAACAGCUAACUGUUGGUAAAGACGAAGAGCGCGAAAGGGCCAGCACGAUCCUCUCAAGUAUCAAAUCUGACUGUCUCUCCGAGGUGAUCCUUACAGGCACCAUUCUGUCUUACAAGCCUCUGCUUGGCCUUCUUACAAGAUAUGGCAGUACCAUUCGCAAGCUAUCCUUCCACUCCUGCAGACUGGUCAGCGGCACCUAUGUCGAUCUGCUUCAGUGGAUGUCUACUGAGCUGCCUGCUCUCGAACACCUGGAUCUACAAUACUUGCAUGAAUUGAAGUGGAGACGCAGUCUCAGUAGAUACGACUUCUCGAAAACCAUGUGGGAGGCCCCUGUUACGCUCGAUGGAAAGAAGGAUAUCGACACUUACAUUGCAUCUCUGCAAAGGGGUGAAACAUCUGUUUGA